AUGCCCACGGCCGCACGAGGAAAAAGAAAGUCUACAUGCUGGACUUGUCGGCUUCGUCAUAAGUGGUGUGACGGGGUGCUCCCAGUAUGUGGGGCUUGCGCAGCACUGGACAUCAGCUGCUACUACUCCCAUGUCAGGCCGGACUGGAUGGACGAUGGGCAAGGGCAACAGCAGAUGGUUCAGAAAAUCAAGACCCAAGUCAAGCAAGGCGCAAAACGUCGCCGCGGCAUUGCCAUGAUGCAGAAUAUCGCCCAGACUCUGGCCAUCCACAACAAUCCCAAUGAGCUCUCCCCUCGGUCGAGCUCUCCCCAGUCUCGUUCUUCCGGCGAGGCAGGCCCUCCUCUUGCGGAUGCGGCAAUGCAAAGUCAUUCAUUGGAGCAGGCUCCAAGGUCCCAGGUCAAUUGUCUUUCGACCCAGCCAAUCUCACUCCCGGGUCCAUCCAACAGCCAAGCGACGACUGCCGGCCGAGCAUCUCCGCCCACAUUGAUGACAACCGAACUUGAAAUGGGUUACUUGAUGGGGUACAUGGAAUACGUGUUCCCGAUCAUGUUUCCCUUCUAUAAACCGGCUAUACUUGAGGGUGGACGAACCUGGCCUCUGAUGCUCGCCAUGAAGAACCUUGGUUUCAGCAAGAGUGUUACGAGCUUGUCGUCAUACUUUUUCUCCGUCAUCCCGGUUAUCCCUGGCCCUGUCCACAAUGCAUGCUUCGCAAAGACUUGGCAAGAACUUUCCCACCAGACAAACGUGGCUUUGGCAAGCGUUCAGCGUGACCUGCUAGGCCUUCGAAGUCAGGGCGUUAGUACAAACCUCCGGGACGGCAUACAUCUCUUGGCGAACAUUGUACAGCUCUUGCUUUUGGAACGGGAGCUGUUUAUGUCGAGUGAAUGGCAGGUACACCUCAAGGCUGCAGUUGAUCUACUAGGGCAGAUCCUGCUGUAUCAUGGGAUCAACAUGCGCGGAGAAGGCCCGAAUAUUGCUGCAGUGGUAGAGAAGUUGGCUGAUCCCGUCCCGUUUCCGGCAUCAGUUUCUACUCCUCUAACCACAGAGCAGGGAGCAUUUCGCUUCUUCUCGGCAAUUCUGGUCGUUGACGACAUCGUUGCCAGUACAUGUCUGGAGCAACCUUCAGAAUUACGACAAUAUCUAUCUAAACAAGUCCCUAGUGACCAGGACCAACGAUAUACUUUGAGCCUCCAAGCUGUUACUGGUUGCCAAGACUGGGUGUUUGAACUGAUUGGGGACAUUGCCGCCUUUGAUGCUUGGAAAAAGACGAAAAAGAAGAAUGGCGAGUUGGUAAUGGACAAAUUUCACCACCAUGCCAGGAAAAUCGAUCAACGAUGGCAAAAGCAUGUGGAUCAUCUUGAUCAGCAUGAUUCACGGCACCAGCAUGAAACAAACACAGCUUCCGGACUAUACGGACCACUGGAGUCGGUCUUGAGAGACUCGAACCGCUGCCAGGUUCACGAUCUCUAUUCGUCAGAUAUCCAUGUCCGUGUCACAAAGAUUUGGGCCUACGCUGCCCGAACAUACCUUCUUGUCACCCUCCUAGGUUGGCAGCCAACACACCAGGAUAUCCUUAGUAGCAUCAAGCGCACCUAUUAUUAUAUAAUAUUAAAAGUUUUUUUAUUUUAA